AGCUCCGUCCCAAGAUGGCGGCGCCGGGGGGGGGAGAUGGCGCCGCCGCCUCCGCGCUCCCCAUGGAGCGGAUCCGGUCGCUCACCGAGCUGGCGGACCUGGAGGCCGCUUACAGCCGGCUGUGCGAGGAGGAGAAAGUGGUGCAGGAAGAGCUGGAUGCCCUCCUGGAACAGCAAAGCACCAUCGAGAACAAGAUGGUGGCACUUCAUCGCAUGGGCCCCAAGCUGCAGCUGAUCGAGGGGGAUGCCCAGCAGCUGGCAGGGAUGAUCACCUUCACCUGCAGCCUGGCCGAGAACGUCAGCAGCAAAGUCCGGCAGCUGGACCUGGCCAAGAAUCGACUCUACCAGGCCAUCCAGAGAGCUGAUGACAUCCUGGACCUGAAGUUCUGCAUGGAUGGGGUCCAGACAGCCCUGAGGAACGAGGACUACGAGCAGGCGGCCGCGCACAUCCACCGCUACCUGUCCCUGGACAAGUCUGUGAUAGAGCUCAGUCGGCAGGGCAAGGAAGGGGGCAUCAUUGAUGCCAACCUGAAGCUCCUGCAGGAGGCAGAGCAACGUCUCAAGGCGAUUGUCACCGAGAAAUUCGACACAGCAACGAAGCAGGGAGACCUGCCCCAGGUGGAAAGGUUCUUCAAGAUCUUUCCUCUGCUGGGUUUACAUGAAGAGGGGCUGAGCAAAUUCUCUGAGUACCUCUGCAAGCAGGUGGCCAACAAAGCAGAGGAGAACCUGCAGCUGGCCAUGGGGACAGACAUGAGUGACCGACGAGCUGCUGUCAUCUUUGCAGACACCCUGACACUCCUCUUUGAAGGGAUUGCUCGUGUUGUGGAGACCCACCAGCCCAUUGUGGAGACCUACUAUGGGCCAGGGAGGCUCUACACCCUCAUCAAGCACCUGCAGGUGGAGUGUGACCAGCAGGUGGAGAAAGUGGUGGACAAGUUCAUCAAGGAGAGGGACUAUCAGAGGCAGUUCCAGCAAGUCCAGAACAGCAUGAUGAGAAGUUCUUCUGCAGAGAAGAUUGAACCAAGGGAACUUGACCCUAUUUUGACAGAAGUCACCCUGAUGAACGCCCGCAGUGAGCUCUACUUGAGGUUCAUCAAGAGAAGAGUCACAUCUGAUUUUGAGGUGGGGGACUCCAUGGCCUCAGAGGAGGUAAAGCAAGAGCACCAAAAACAUCUGGACAAGCUCCUCAACAACUGCCUGCUGAGCUGCACCAUGCAAGAGCUCAUUGGCUACUACAUCACCAUGGAGGAAUACUUCAUGAGGGAGACUGUCAACAAGGCUGUUGCCAUGGACAGCUAUGAGAAGGGCCAGCUGACCUCCAGCAUGGUGGAUGAUGUGUUUUACAUAGUCAAGAAAUGCAUUGGCCGUGCUCUGUCCAGCUCCAGCAUCGACUGCCUCUGUGCCAUGAUCAACCACUCCACCACUGAGCUGGAGUCUGACUUCAGGGAGGUUCUGUACAACAAGCUGAAGCAGGGCUUUCCAGCCACCACCUUCCAGGACUUCCAGAGAGGAGUGACCAGUGCUGUGAACAUCAUGCAGAGCAGCCUGCAGCAGGGCAAGUUUGAUACCAAAGGCAUUGAAAGCACUGAUGAGGCCAAGCAGUCUUUUCUGGUGACCUUAAACAACGUGGAAGUCUGCAGUGAAAACAUCAUGACCCUAAAGAAGACUUUGGAGAGUGACUGCAGCAAACUGCUCAGCCAGGGCUUUGGUGGGGAACAGGCCCAGGCCAAGAUUGACAGUUGCCUCUCGGACAUGGCCGCCGUCUCCAACAAAUUCCGUGACCUGCUGCAGGAAGGUCUCAAUGAGCUGAACAGCACAGCCAUCAAACCCCAGGUGAAGCCUUGGAUCAACCUCUUCCUCUCUGUGUCCCACAACAUCGAGGAGGAGGAGUUCAGCGACUACGAAGCCAACGAUCCCUGGGUCCAGCAGUUCAUCGUCAACCUGGAGCAGCAGAUGGCAGAGUUCAAGGCUGGGCUGUCUCCUGUGAUUUAUGACACCCUCACUGGCCUCAUGACCAGUCUCAUCGCCAUCGAACUGGAGAAAGUGCUGCUCAAAUCCACCUUCAGCAGGCUUGGUGGUCUGCAGUUUGACAAGGAGCUGAGGUCCCUCAUAGCUUAUCUCACCACAGUCACCACCUGGACCAUCCGUGACAAGUUUGCCCGUCUUUCCCAGAUGGCCACCAUCCUCAAUCUGGAAAGGGUGACAGAGAUCCUGGAUUACUGGGGUCCCAACUCUGGCCCUCUCACCUGGCGUCUGACCCCCGCCGAGGUCCGGCAGGUCCUGGCUCUCCGGAUCGACUUCCGCAGCGAGGACAUCAAGCGCCUGCGCCUCUAGUUGGCUGGAGCUCCCAGCAGGAUGGUUGGAGGUCCCAGCAGGAUGGUUGGAGCUCCCAGCUGCAGUCCCUGGAGCCUGCACAGCAUGGGUUGGUGGCUGCCCUUUUGCUGUUCCUGGGAGCAAAGGGCUUGUUUUUUGUCUCCUGGGCUUGGGAAGAAGAGCCGCCGUCCUUUGGUGGGAGCAGCAAUAAGGCAGCUGGAGGAGCUCAGGUUGGGAACAGUUGUGACACUGUUUCUGGAAACACCUGCUGGGCUGAGGCACAAGCUGCUGCAGCUCCCCACAAGCUGCUGCAGCUCCCCACUCCAUCCUGCUGCCUGGAUGGGAGGCAGGGAAGCUCUGGAGCUGUGUGCUGGGGUGAAGGCUGUGGGGCUGCAGAGAGCUCUGCCUGCAGCCACCUUCCUUCCCUGCCACCUUCUCAAGGCUCAGCUGCUGGGAGUCCUGCACACCCUGAGCCCUGCUUCUCCUGGUGGUGAAACUUCUUGAUGGGUCCCCCCACCCAAUAGGGACUAUUCUGUAGAAAAGGGAUGGUUUCCUGGGGGCAAAAACCCUUGCAAAAGCAGGGCUGUGUUCCUGCUGUCCCUGUACAUUACCUGUAAAUAAACCUGGCCUGGCUGAGCAGCCA